AUGUUGAAAUUAUAUUUAAAUUUCCUAUUUAUAAUAUCAAUAGCAUUUGCUUAUACAUCUUCAAAUAUUAUUCAAGCUAAUGAUUUAAAUUUUCAGAAAUUGAUUGAUAAGAAAUUUGCGUUUGUUGAUUUCUACGCUGAUUGGUGUAGACACUGCAAAAAGGUCUCACCAACAGUCGAUCAAUUAAGUGAUAUCUUUAGAGAUUAUGAUAUUCAAUUUUUAAAGGUUAAUGGUGAUAAAGAUGGACGAUUACUUUCCAAAAAGUAUGUAACUGUUGGGUAUCCAACGUUACUACUUUUCAAACCAGAUGGUUCAAGAAUUGAAUUUGAAGGUAGUAGAGAUGUUGAAAGUUUAAGUAAUUUUAUUCAACAAUUGACUGGUUAUAGACUUGAUAAAAAUACUACUGAAAUUGAAGAAAUAGUUGAAAAUGAAAAAUCUGUAAUUCAUUUGACUCCUGAUAAUUUUUUUGAAAAAAUUCAAGAAUUUGAAUAUUCCAUUAUUUCAAUUGGUGCUACUUGGUGUUCAUAUUGUACAGAAUUCAAACCUACUUUAAAAAAUCUAGCUGAAAUCACAUAUAAAAGAGAUUCAAAUAUUAUGAUUGCUGAUUAUUUGAUUGAUGAAUUUGAUAAUGAACCAAUUAAGAAUAAAUUUGAUAUCAAAAAGUUACCAACUUUAUUAUUUUUCAAAAAUGGAGAUCCAUUGAUAUAUAAAGGUGAUUAUCUGAAUUACGAAUCUAUUAUAGAUGCAAUUAAUCAAUUUACAAAAUUGGAUAGAGAUGCCCUGGGUAAUUUAAAAGAAACAGCGGGUUUAGAUAAUAAAGAAUAUUUGGAUAAAUUGAGGAAUUCAAAGUAUCUAAAUGUUGAAUUGAAUAGGAUUAAUAAUAUUUUAAAACAUGAUAUUGACAAAUUAGAUGGAGUUACAAUUGA